AUGGCUAAGAAACAAGCUUCUACAAAAGCUACUUCUCUCUUCGAUAUUCGACUCAAAAACCUAGAUCAUGAUGUUUUGGUAUUGAAGGGACCGGCACAAGACGCUGCUUCCGCACUUAUGGUUGGUAAAAUCGUAUUAUCACUUAACGAACCAAUACAUGUUAAAAAGAUCAGUCUUCGUUUGUAUGCCUCACUCCACUUGAGGUGGACGGAACCUUAUCAGACUGCCAAGGGGACGGUCCCUAAGCCGAUGAAAUUCUCAAAGAAGAUAUAUGAAUAUUCGUGGGACCCUAGUGAAUUGAAGCAGAAGGUGUCAGGAUUUACAUCUCCUACAGGAGCAAGCGGAGGUGUUGAAAGUACAAGCUCCACGUCGCCUAGUAUUUCUAGACAGCACUCCACUACAUCAUUGAAGGCGUUUGGUAGUUCCUUUAGAUCUAAAUCCUCUUCAAACUUAUCAAAUUUGCAUCUUACAUCGUCUUCGUCCUCCAACUUGGCAGGUUUAAGUCAUAGCCACAGUCAAACUAGCAAUAGCCAUGGCUCUGGUAGCAGCAGCGGAAAUACUGGUUUCGGUCAGGGAAACCACGAAAUUCCAUUUUCCGCCAUCUUACCUGGAAAUAUGCCUGAAUCCGUGGAAGGACUCCCUGGUGGAUCUGUUGUCUACAAAUUAGAAGCCGUAAUUGAAAGGGGGAAGUUCCAUGCUCCCUUGGUUACCAAGAGACAUGUUAGAGUGAUCAGGACUCUUACCACUGAUGCGGUAGAGUUAUCAGAAACAGUUGCUGUCGAUAAUACAUGGCCUGGUAAAGUUGAAUAUUCGUUGAACGUGCCCUCUAAGGCAAUUGCUAUUGGAACCCAAACUCCAAUUAGUUUUACGAUGGUACCUCUUUUAAAGGGACUCCGUUUGGGUGAUAUAAAGAUCCAAUUGGUCGAAUUCUUCUCUUAUCUUGGGUACUUGCCUCCAGCUCAUAAUGAUGAGAGGAUUUUGACUGAAAAGUUUAUUCCAAGGCCACAUGAAGAUGAUCCAAACUUUUUUGGAAUGGAUAGGUGGGAAGUUGACACUAGUGUCAAGAUUCCGAAUACAUUAUCCAAAUGUACGCAAGAUUGUGAUAUUCAGUCACAUAUGAAGGUGAGACAUAAAUUGAAGUUUGUUAUUGGCUUAGUAAACCCCGAUGGCCAUGUCAGUGAACUUAGGGCUAGUUUACCAAUUCAAUUGUUUAUUUCUCCAUUUGUAACAAUUAAAGCCAAGUAUGACGAUGACAUCAAUGAUAGUAAUAGUGAUAGUCACAGUUUCGAUGAUACUCGUCACAAGAGCCGUAAUCAUGUGAAUCAAGAAGAGGAAGAAGAAGACGAAGAAGAACUUUUGUUCCUGUCUGAUCUCCACAGCGGGAGUCACACAAGUUUGAAUCAUUUAGCAGAUCGUGCAAAUGGUGGCAGCGGUGUAGAUUUAGCCGGUACCCCAGAAACUACUACUAAUGCCUAUGGAGGGUUUAUUGCACCACCAAUUUACGAAAAGCAUGUAUAUGACGUCCUCUGGAGCGAUGUUUCUCCAAUAGAAUCACCAAUUGUUUCAGGAAGUGCUACUCCAAGAUCAAACUAUCACACAUCAGAUGACAUUUCUCAGCAUUUCUCGAUGUCAUCAUUGGACACUCAAAAAUUGUCAGAGAACUUGCGCCAACUUUCGUUGCAAAGACAAUUACAAGAAAGCAACAGCACAACCCCCAGCACCGAUCAAAAUAGAAAUAGAGCUACUUUCAACUUAGAUGAUGAAAACCAGAAUGAAGACUACUUUUCGGUUGUGUCUAAUCCUCAUUCAUUGGAAACGCCUGGUGGAGUUUUAUCGCCACCCACCCAUCUUUCUCGGGUUGGAUCAGAGAAUUUAGUACCAGAGAAGAUGGUCAAAGUUCCAUCUUAUACUCAGGCUAUAAGAUCAGACUUAAACGAAGAGCCUCUUUCUCCUGAUUACGAGCCACCACUUCCAGGUUCGAAUAUAAAUCUUGUUGAAUUGAGUAAAAGGUUUGAGGAAAUGCAGCAGCAUUCUCAUGGGAGUGGCUCUAACUCGAAGAGUAGACUGAUUUUAUCCAGAGGUUCGUCAUCUGCCAACCUUAAGAGUUUAGGAGGAAGCUCUAGAAAUUCUUCUGGCAAUUCUUCGCCUUCAAAUUCUAGAUCUCAUUCCUAUUCUAAUUUGACUAUAUCCCCAAUUGGGUCAGUAGCGGGCCCAGGUAUAAAGAAGGGUAUUAACAGUGGUGGCAAUAGCGGCGGUAAUAGUUCUGGUAAUUCAUCAACAAACAUAUCGGCAGCGAUUCCACAAAUCGCCAAUCUUCAAAAGCCUCAAGAGUCACACCCUCCUGAAUUAUUAAAGUUAUCAUCCAGCGCCUCAGAUAGAUCGGCGCUCUUGCAAAGAAGUUCUCUGUCUUCAAUUCCACUCAAAUCAAAUUCUUCAUUGAACUUACAAAAUUUACCAUUCUUACACAAGAAGAAAUAA